AGCCGGCCGCCCCGCCGCGGGGGCCGGGGGCGGCGGGGGGGCUGCGCUUGGCGGCGGUGAUGGAGAGCCUGCAGCGGCAGCAGGCGGCCCGCCUGGCCCGCGGCCCCGACGGCCCUCCCCGACGGCUCCCGGCCGAACCCAGCCCCGGCCCCGGCCCCGGGCCGCCGCCCUCUGCUCCCCGCCGCCGCCCGGCACCCGGCCCGCGCCCGCCGCCCGCCGCCGCGGGGGGGGAGGAGGAGGAGGAGGAGGAGGAGAGGAGGAGGAAGAAGAGGAAGAGGAGGGAGGAGGAGGAGGAGGAGGAAGAAGGGGAGCCCCGCGACCCGCCGCCCCCCCCGCACCACGAGUGGACCUACGAGGAGCAGUUCAAGCAGCUCUACGAACUGGACGAGGACCCGAAACGCAAGGAGUUCCUGGAUGACCUCUUCGGCUUCAUGCAGAAGAGAGGGACACCUGUGAACCGCAUCCCCAUCAUGGCCAAGCAAGUGCUGGACCUGUACACGCUGUACCGACUGGUGACGGACAAGGGUGGCCUGGUCGAAGUCAUCAACAAGAAGAUCUGGCGGGAGAUCACCAAGGGCCUCAACCUACCUACCUCCAUCACCAGCGCUGCCUUCACCCUCCGCACGCAAUACAUGAAGUACCUGUAUCCCUAUGAAUGUGAGAAGCGGGCGCUCAGCUCUCCCGGGGAGCUCCAAGCUGCCAUCGACAGCAACCGUCGGGAGGGACGGAGGCAGACUUUCGGCACAGCACUCUUCAACUACUCGCCGGCUGGCACCCCAACCCUGCUGGGCUCCCCCAAAAUGCCUCUGCCAGCUCUUAGCAUCUCCACACACAGCUGUGGCCAGCUCGGCCAAGUGCACACUGUUAAGAAAGAGGACGGUGUGCUGGCGGCAGCAGUGCCAGGGCGCAUCGCUAUCCCGGUGGGACUGGCCAGCCACCACCUCACAGCGGCCCAAGCAGCAGCCGCCUCGCAGGCGGUGGUGCUGGAGCAGCUGCGGGAGAAGAUGGAGACAGGGGAGCCCCCGGAGAAGAAGGUGGCCCUGACGGCGGAGGAGCAGCAGCGGCUGGUGCAACACGCGCUGCAGCACAACCUGCUGGCCGUGGCCUCCCAGUUCCCCAUGAACGUCAAGAUCUCCAACCGAGAUGACAGACAGGAGACUGCAUUGAACCUGUCCACCAACGGCAUUAGCAGUAUCAACAUGUCAAUAGAAAUAAAUGGAGUUGUCUACACAGGCGUCCUGUUCGCCCGCCGGCCCCCGGCCCCCCCGGCACCCGGUGGAGGGAGCACCCAGAGCCAGCCGAACCCCAUGCCAGCCCAGAACCCACUGCUCCCAGCCCCCUCGCACAGCCACACUCCCACCAGCGCCUCGCCGUAG